ACUAGUGUCAUAAAAUUCCUCUCUUUCUUUGUUCCACCCUUCCCUCUCAUCUCACUCUUCUACUCUUCACAUCCCCAUACCCAAGUUUUGCUUAUAAAUAGAGGGAAAGAAAGUGAGCAACUUGUGUGAGUGAGGAUCAUGGAGAUGGGUUCCAUGUGGGUGGCCCUUGUGGCCAUUGUUGGUGCUCUUUGGGUCUUAAGAUCCAUCCUCAAGAAUGUAAAUUGGUGGCUCUAUGAAUCCAAAUUGGGUGUGAAGCAGUACUCUCUGCCCCCGGGUGACAUGGGCUGGCCCUUCAUUGGCAACAUGUGGUCCUUCCUUAGAGCUUUCAAGUCCAAGGACCCUGAUUCCUUCGUCUCCUCCUUUGUCUCCAGAUAUGGACGAACUGGAAUAUACAAGGUUUUGAUGUUUGGAAACCCAAGUGUAAUUGUGACAACACCUGAAGCAUGUAAAAAGGUUCUAACAGAUGAUGAUAAAUUUAUACCUGGUUGGCCUUCUUCUGCGAUAGAACUCAUUGGAAAGAACUCAUUCAUUUCAAUGGAUCAUGAAGAACAUAAGCGUCUUAGGCGUUUGACAUCCUCUUCAAUCAAUGGCAUGGAAGCAUUGUCUUUGUACUUGACAUAUAUUGAAGAAAACGUGAAAAGUUCAUUGGAAAAAUGGACCAACAUGGGACAGAUUGAGUUUUUGACUGAAAUUCGGAAGCUUACUUUCAAAAUCAUUAUGCAUAUUUUCCUUAGCUCAGAAAGUGAACCUAUUAUGGAGGCUCUGGAAAGAGAAUAUACUACACUUAAUUAUGGAAUUAGAGCCAUGCGGAUUAAUAUUCCUGGAUUCGCAUACCAUAAGGCAUAUAAGGCUAGGAAAAAUCUAGUGGCCAUAUUUCAAUCUAUUGUGGAUGAGAGAAGAAACAUUAGGAAGGGAUAUUUACCUCAAAAAGCCAAAGAUAUGAUGGAUGCUUUGAUAGAUGUUGAAGAUGAUGAUGGAAGAAAGUUAAGGGAUGAAGAUAUCAUCGAUAUUAUGUUAAUGUACUUGAAUGCAGGUCAUGAGUCUUCAGGACAUAUUACCAUGUGGGCAAUCUUCUUCCUAAAUAAGCACCCAGAAUAUCUCCAAAAGGCUAAGGCAGAACAAGAAGAAAUAAUAAGGAAAAGGCCUCCAACACAGAAAGGGUUGAUACUAAAGGAGAUCCGAGAGAUGGAUUUUCUUUACAAGGUGAUUGAUGAAACAAUGCGUGUGAUCACAUUCUCAUUAGCAGUGUUUCGAGAGGCAAAAUCAGAUGUCAAUAUCAAUGGUUACACUAUUCCAAAAGGUUGGAAAGCUCUUGUUUGGUUUAGGUCCAUUCACCUUGAUCCUGAAAUAUAUCCUAACCCAAAGGAAUUUAAUCCUUAUCGAUGGAAUGUAAAACACAAAGUAGGGGAAUUUCUUCCUUUUGGAGGAGGUAGCAGAUUGUGUCCUGGGAAUGAUCUCGCCAAGAUGGAAAUAGCAGUUUUUCUUCAUUAUUUCAUCCAAAAUUACAAGUUUGAACAGCUUAAUCCUCAUGGUGCCGUGAGAUACUUACCGCAUACAAGGCCCAUGGACAAUUGCUUAGGAAGAGUGAAGAGAUGUUCAUCAGCAUGAGAGAGAGACACAUGCAGAAGCCCAUAUCCACUCUGUUGUCAUGGUUUUAAAAAAUAACAGUUUAGGAAGUUUCACAGCACAUACAAAUAAGUAUAGUAGCUAGUUACUCAUCUAUCUGGUCCAAAUGUUCUGAAACAUCCACAAACAUUAACUGUUUCAUUAGCUACAAAUUCAAAGGAAAGAAUCUAAUUUCUUUUUCUUCUGCAAAAUUAAUAUUUGUUGUGUUGUGCAGAGAUCAACAUU